AUGGUUCGAUCUCUCCUCCCGCUGGGUGCUGCCCUGCUCGGCGCGACCACCGUCCUGGCCGCCGACAUCCCUACCUGCUCGUUAGAGAAGAAAUGCCCCGAGGAGGCACCCUGCUGUUCUCAGUACGGCCAAUGUGGCGUCGGCGCUUUCUGCCUCGGCGGCUGCGACCCGCGUAUGUCCUUCUCCCUCGACUCGUGCGUGCCCGCUCCGGUGUGCAAGGACAAGACGUACAAGAUGGACUCGCUCGACCGGUACAAGGACAUCAGCGAGUAUCUGGGUGACCCGGAGACGGCGGACUGGGUGGGCCAGGGCGAGCCGCUCCUCUACGACGGCAACGUCCUGCUUACCAUGCCGCCCAAAUCGGUCGGCACCGUGUUGGCUACGACGACGUACAUGUGGUAUGGCAAUGUCAAGGCGACGCUAAAGACGUCCAGGGGCGCCGGUGUGGUGACGGCCUUUAUCCUGUUCAGUGAUGUCAAGGACGAGAUUGACUACGAGUGGGUGGGCGUGGACCUUCACACUGCCCAGACCAACUACUACUUCCAGGGCAUUCCCGAUUACACACACACCGGCAACCUCACGGUAGACGGUAACACGUACGACGAGUUCCACGAGUACGAGAUCCAGUGGACGCCCGACGAGAUCAGGUGGCUCAUUGACGGCAAGCUCGGCCGGACGCAGAAGAGGUCCGAUACGUGGAACGAGACGUCCAAUCAGUGGGCGUACCCCCAAACGCCGGCGCGGGUGCAGAUCUCGCUCUGGCCCGGUGGCCUCGAGACCAACGCCAAGGGCACCAUCGACUGGGCGGGCGGCAAGAUCGACUGGAACUCGGACGAGAUUCAAGACUACGGCUACUACUUUGCCACGUUCAAGGAGGUCACGGUCGAGUGCUACAAGACGGACAAGGCGCCCGGCACCAACAAGGGUGUGUCGUACUACUACAACGACAUCUCGGCCACCAACGACACGGUCGUCGACAGCGAUAAACCGACCGUGCUCAAGAGCCUCCUCGGCACGGGUACCGACAUGGACAAGGGCGACAGCACCACGUCAGGCAGCGCCUCGGCGUCGUCCUCCUCGGUCGCGUACAUUCCUGGCGGCGGCUCGGCGCCCCCAAACCAGGUUCCCGGCGAUGAGAACUCGGAUGAUUCGGGAUCAGACUCCGGCAGCGGCACCGGUGGCAGCAGCGGCGGUUCCAGCACCGGCGACUCGCUGGCUUGUGCCACGUCCGGGUUUGUCCAGUCGUGCGGCCAAAGCGGCACCAGCAACUCCAACGCGGGGGCUCGCGAUGUGGAGCGGGGGCUCGGGGCCAGCGCGUUUGCUGUGGUGGUGGGGUUCGCGGGACUGCUUUUGCUGUGA